CAUGUUGACAGCGACCUCCUUGAUAGCUAACUGCAGCGGUGGGGCGUGCUAGUAGGGUCUGUCCCGCAACGGUAUGGAACGCCCUGCUACUCGGUUCACGAUGCAUCGAGACGCUGCACCUGGACGGGGUUAUGAUAUAAACCUCGAGGUCGUACCGAUACUUCCCCCCCCUACUCACACCAUACAUCUCCAACCGCUCCAACUCGAUCACACCUCACUGUGUGCAUAUAUCCGCCUCGUUCCCUUCUCAAUUCUUCGUUUGGCGAUUGUUCUAGCCGCGUCCUGUCGUUCUUGUUCUUCACCGCUGUUCAGCAAUGCCCGUCUCCCACAUCGGCCUCACGGUAUCGCAUCUUCCAACUUCGACAUCGUUCUUUCUCUCAGCGCUCCAGCCACUGGGCUACCGCUACAUCGGCCAAUAUGGCAACCAAAUCGGCCUUGGAAUAAAUGAUUCCGAUUUCUUUCUCUGCCAAGAAACGCCUGGCGUAAAAGCCGGCGCUGCACACAUUGCAUUCACCGCACCUAGCACAACCGCAGUCCGGAAUUUCUACACCGCUGCAUUGACCGCUGGUGGUCGUCCUAACGGGGCCCCGGGUGCUCGUUGCGCAGAAGAUGGCCACUUCAAUGCCGCAGUAAUCGACUUUGACGGCAACAGCAUCGAGGUUGUCUACCGAAAUGGACCUGACAUGAGACAUGACGGGACCAUCAUCGAGCACAGCAGAGUCAUUACAUGGCAGAGGACAGUUUCGCAGAGCUUCCGUGAGAGCCCCAGUAUCUUCAGCGCUCACACGUGUGCUUCGAGAACUGGCGCAAUUCCAGUCGCACCGACAACCGAAUCAGCUGCUCCAAAGGCACCAAGCCCUGUACCCAGAAGCGCCUCUGCGCCCACAGUCGCUCCUGUUCCCGAAGCGACGACAAAAUCAGAUGCCGGCAGUGGGGCGGCCACGCACAUUCUCGGAACAUUACUUGGAGCUGCUGCAGGUGCAGCCGUCACAUAUGCAUUCAUGCGGAGCGAGCGAGAUAGUGCGAAGAAAGAGGCGGACUUCAGCGCCUUCAUGGACGCCAAAAACGCGGUCAACACUGCGGCUGGCUUCUUCGCUCAGGCCUCAUCCCAACCCCCGACACCCCAGCAGGCCCCACAACCCGCGCAGCCACCUGUCCAGGCCAUUGCACCGCCUACACCUGAGCCAGUACACCGCAUUGAAGACGACGCGCGAUCUUCCUAUUCGCGAGCUUCUCAGAUCCCUAGGACUUCCGUGCCGCGACAAAUCGAGGCUGCGCCGGCUAGCUACUACUCACCGUCUCAAUUUGAGCGUCCUCGCUCAAGGGCUGCGGAGCCUCUCGCCAUCGAAUAUGCUCCUGCAUACUCUGUUGCCCCGUCACAGACUCCAUCAAGGCUCACACCUGCUCACCGCUCAAAUACUAGCCCUGAGUUGUUGAUGAUCGAGAGGGCUAGGAGUACCGUCUCGACAGCCAAGCCCGAAAGUGCCGCAACGACUGCAAAGCCACCGCGACCAUCGUCCAAGCCUCAGAGUGUCGUCUCGAAGGCGCAAAGCGUAGCUCACAGUGCUGCGCCUAGCUCAUUCAUCUCAUCCUUCGUAGCAGACCGCGAAGAUGAAAAAAGUAGCUCGGGUAGGUCCAAGGCCAGGUCCUCUCAUACCUCAUCUUCAAAACACUCCUCGCACAAGGAACACGGUAGUAGCAGUCGGAAGGAGCGUGGCUCGUCGCCUUCUCCACCAGCCCCUGCAUCCAAGGCUCCGUCUGCAGCCCCCACUAAAGCUGCGUCCAAGGCGGCGUCGAUCGUCAGCAGCAUCUUUAGCCGCGACAAAAAGAAGCACGAAGAUGACGACGACUUCAUCGACGACCUUGACAUUGAAGAGCUAAGUGAGGAUGAUCUUGACACUGUUGUUCCCAGCGACAGCAUCUCCCAGAUCGGCGACGCACCACGACGCAGACACCGUUCCCACCGGAGCGACAAGUCUAAGAAGGAUGAUGACGCCGAAACCUCUGUGAGCCAUCGCAGGAAGAAGCACAGCGACGAGAAAGAGUCUUCGCGAAGCAAGAAGAAUGACGAUGAGAAAGAAUCUUCCCGAAGCAAGAAGCAUGACGAUGAGAAAGAGUCUUCCCGCAGUAAGAAGCACGACGAUGACAACGAGUCUAUCAUGAGCAAGUCAUCAAAACGCUCUCACCGUUCGCACCGUUCCCGCAAGACAUCUGCCGACUCCGCCGACGACGAGGACUCUUCGCGCCCUCACCGUUCCUCCCGUUCUUCCAAAUCCAAACCUUCCAUCAUCUCGGAGCCAAGUGAGGUAUCUACUGUCCGCCCCGUUAAGCCCUCCAAGUCAUCAAGAAAGGAUAGCCUGACCCAAGGCCAGUACGACAACCUAUUCGAUGAAGUCCAGUAUGGAACUGGCGCUGUACACGCCUCCAGAGGCGGCCCCACACCCAGCAUGGUCAGUGCCGCACGCAAAAACCCUAUUCGCAGCAUGAUCAACCAUAACCACGCGACCAAGAUGAGGAACUUUGAGGGCAGCCAGGCUGGGCGCGCAAGGGACAGUGAUGACUAGUUUGUGUUUCUUAUUUCUCUGUCUGGGGUACUGUAUCCUUGCAUCGCAUCGCGUGGCUUCAUUGCUUUUGCUCUCAUGCUUUUGCAUCCGCGUAAUGCUCUCUCACGUCAUUGCGUCAUUGUUGUUCCUGUCUAUCGUUUGCUCCUUUUAGCGGUCUGGCAUUUUUACGGCGCGGCAUUGGUAUGGCGUCAUGUUUUGCUUUGUAGGACUAUCAUAGAUUAGAACUAAACUAAACGCAAUGAAUACAACCGGUAUAUGGGUGGAUUGGGGGGGAAAAAAUGUUCAUCAGACCAGAUGCUUGUGAUUAUGUGUGACUCUCUUUGCUGUGUUUUACAUCGACUUCCUGC